AUGCUGGGAAAAGGAUAUAGAUUAGGUGGAUCAGUUGGAACGGUUUUGCAAGAGGUUAUCCGGAAGUCUGGGAAAGAAGCCCCAAGAACUCCGAAGAUUGGUGUCACUUUUCCAUGCAAAUUUAGCAAACCAAAAGGCCAGGAAGAUAACUUUACCCGAAACUUAUUACCAGGAAAAACGUUAUUAAAUAAAGUUGGAUCCAUAAGUAAAUCUUUGGCAAGUCAAGGAAUCCAAAAUCCGAAGCCGAAAGCAAAUUUGGAACAGGAUCAAAAAGCGCUCGUAAGGAUCAAUCCUAAACGUAGAAGAGGCAAAAGGUCGCCUAAGAGGUCAACUGCGGGAAAUAUUGAACAGCCCCUUGAUGACAAUGGCAUAUGGUUUGAAUGCAAUGUGCCCUUUCGAGUAAAUAUUCCCUUUCCUAUUAGCAUGAAGAAUCUAUUUGGUUCCCAGCUAUUUCCAGGCAAUAGCAACUACCAGAUCCUUAAAGCCCUUGUGCCGGAAGGAAAUUUACAGAAGGAUAGUAAGCUAGAGUGGCCUUUAAGCUUUUCAAUGCGUCCAGCUCUUCCACCUCCAGAUCUGCAAUCUAACACUUCAUCCAUCAAAGCAGUAGGAUUCACAAAGAAAAAGGGAUUAAGACGUGGAAAAAAAGCCUUUCCCUGCGAAACAUCCACUCAAACGAUCGAAGAAGAAUCUGAUCCUGUUUUGAGCUGCCUGGAACAAAUCAGAAAUCAACUGGCCGGCAAAACUCCUGAGAAUCAAGAAAAGAAGAUAUCACGCUGCUUUGCCGAGAAAUCUACAAAUGUAAGGAGUAUUCAGGGCGAUAGAAAUGAAGCUGGUGUGGAAGAACCUACGCAGUCAUCACCAAAUGAAGCCAUUGAAGCAGUGAAAGACGAUAAAAGUGAUAAUUCAAAGCCCUCUGAUCCGCAACAAACAACAUCAUCUGGAAGUUUCCAGAAAAGAUCGCCAAGGAAUUCUUUAAACAUAUUAGCGCAGCCUAAAUCAAAGACCAACAAUAUGGUCAAGAAAAGUACUUCUUCUAAAACUCAGUCAAAUCUGAACGCUGUGUCUUCACCGGUUUCCACAGGAACGCCAAAGAAGUCACAAGAAAAAGUGGAAACUAAUUUAAAUCGUGAAGAUGGGGACUUGAAGAAGCCAAAGGAUACCGUUGAAGGAACUGGUUUUGUAAAUGUCACCAAGCCCAUUUUAAAACCGUGUAUUUGUCUGUGCAGGCUUCCAAGGGUUUUUCCAAAAUUUACGAGAGUUAUGAUGCCAAUAACAACGUGCCAGCAUAAUUUUAUGAAUGGAUGUCGAAUGCCGAAAUGGCAAAACCAUAGUCAACCCAACCAGCACUGCUGCCAAUGUAUCCACACACAAGGAAACCAAAAACGAAUACCUCCUACAACUGCAUCUAUGAAGGAUGUACCAUAUGAACAAGAGCAAUCAGAAAAGAGAAACCAUAGCAAUUCAAGGUCUUGUUUAAGUAAUUGUGAAAAACCCAUGUCAACGGGCCAGCGGUCUAUUAUGAAAAGAAAAUCCGGAAAGCCCAAUCAAAGAUUCGGCUGUAGGACCUCGAAUAGGAACAUUUGCUUUAGGGAACGCAUAUCCACUUUCAGCCAAUCAACCCAAAUAGAAUAUCCCACAAAAGAAUGUGCCCAGUAUCAUUGUAAUGAAUCCUAUGCUUCUAGCAGAACCGAUACUGAUGGUGACUAUGUGGAUGGAUCCUCAAAUAGCGACUUUAGAUCCUCAAACAGUGUGAAAAGUAAAAGUUCUCCUCAUAGUACCUCUGUUAGGAGCGGAUCAAAUAGUAGCUAUACUGCCCCAAGUGCUAAUCCUAGUGAAAAAGAGUCUUAUUCUGAAGGAUCGAAGAGUGAAGGCCCAAAGGAAUCUUCUCCAGAAACAAAAUCAAAUAUAAGCAGCAACGAAUCCCUGUCAUCGUCUAGAAAAACAUCUCGUGCGAGUUCUAUUAAGAGUAAUUCGAAAACUUCCACACGAAACGAGGUUAAUCGUUUCAAAAAUAAAAAUAAUGAAUUGCCUCAAAAUAAAACUGGGAAUAAACGGAAACAACGUCUUAGGAAACGUAUAAGUUCUGGGGGCGAAACUUUUCCAGAGGGCUCCAUAGAUUGUGGUCAUGAUGAAUUCUCGGAGGAGGCAGACGCACAAACUCCAAAAACAUCUAAAAACAGCUUUGAAGCUUUGAAAGCAAGUGAAAAUAAAUGUGGAACGGAUAUAAAAGAGAGUAAAUUGAGCAAAAAUUCGGACCAUUUACUUUCUGAAAGAAACACCCGAAAAGCAAGUUCCGGAAAGCAAAGUCAAGAACAAAAAGCUGACAGUUCAAAGGAAUCAAUCUGCAGUAGAAACUCGGAUCAAAGAAAUAACUUCGAAUGUUAUCCAAACGGUGCGGCUCAUACUAAAGAUCAAUGCAAUGGACAUCGAGAAGUAUCUUUCAGGCAGCGCUCACAAUCAGCCCCCGAGUGCUGGAUACUUCGAUUUCCCCAAGGGAACCCAACAAAUAGAUCUAAAAAAUCACACCAAUAUUCUCCGGAAAAUUGCACAGAAAGUCAGAGUUGUCCAGAAAACGUACUUGUACUUCAGGACGAAACUGGUGAAAGCGAUUCAGAUGACUGUGCCCUCGUAAGAUGCAACGAUUUCUCAACAGAAAAUGAGACCUUAAAUGCGAACUGCCUUGAAUGCGAAACUCCGGACUACAGUAUAAAUGCGAGUAUUUUAAAUCAGCUUAGGAAGGAGGAAAGCUCGAUUAGUCCCACACCAAGCCAAAGAACCUUUAUCCUUGCUGGCGAUCAACAUACGAAUGAUCUUAACACACCACAACAGGACCAAGAAAGGGAAAAACCACCUAUGGUGCAAGUGCCUUUUCGCAUGAGCAGCACGGAAGAGUUGGGCAUUUCCCAACCAAAACAAUGGAGGGAGUUGGGUCUAAAACUCACGAUGCUCAAUGCCAACCAAUUUCAAAUGGCACCAGCAACUACAAAUCACGUGUCAUUACCAACCAAGCUACCAAAAAGACCCAACAAUCAAAACCCCAAUUCUUAUUGUGGGCCGAUAAAUGGUGUAUUUGUUCUAGCUUCUUCUCUACCUACAAGGACGAAUGCCGUAGAGGAAUCUGCUGAAAGGAGAAAUAGAAAUCUGCAGAACAUAAAUCAAUCAGGCACAUUAGAUUCCUUGAGUAGCGAUUAUCCUACUUCACGACGUAAUAUAUCCUCAGAAAAUAGGGCCAAUGCUCCAGCCCAAACAUCUUACGCAGCGCUCAGAGGUAUUCGAAAGAAUGAUUCAAACAAUUCGAAUAGCGAAAGAUUCAUUUCGGUUAGCAGCCAACAUCCUGAACUCAGCCAAGAUGAAUCCCGAAAUUGUUAUAGGAAAUCAGAUUAUAGAAGCGACCAAAGCCACCAAGAAAGUCAACAAGAGGAAGCUAUUGCUGGAGUUUCUGGCUAUUCUGAAAUGCAAUCAAUGCCUACUGUCUUAACCUGGACAGAUCCAGCUCCGAAUUCCCAAUUAGUAGCUUCCAAUAGAUCAAAUGCCACAGAGAGAUCGACUGACGUGGAAACCCUGGAAACGGUGACUCUGAUGCAACCACGAAAACUUCGAAGUUGUGAAAGUGCUGGAAUCAGAAACCAGGCUAAUAGGAAUGAGAACACCGUUCUUAUGGAGACAAGAACUCCCUGCAACAGAGAAAAUCUCCUCCACACCUGUGGACGACCGCCCUGUAACUCUUGUCCUCACCAUUACACGGGUCUUCCUCCAGGACUACAUCAAGGAUUUAUGAAGCCUGAGGAUCACAUGCUACAGCCACAGAUCUCUGCGAGUGCACCACAAAAUAUCACUCCUUUCGAUGAAGGAUACCUUAUAGAUCCACGGGAUCAGUGGAUGACCAAUAAAUCACCUGCUUCCGCACCAGCAAUGCAGAGUGCAUUUCAAAUGAAGGCACCGUAUCAGCCCAAACCAAGACCCCACCAUCACUUUCAGGAACCUGUACAUCCUCCACAAAGUUCCUUUCAGCCCAGAAAUUCUGACCACUAUCCAGAACUGAAAGAGAACAUUAGAAUGCUUCCAGAUGGAUUCUAUGAUCGCACCGUGAAUAAGUAUAACAUAGCACGAAUGGACUCAAACUUUCAGCCACCGGAAUUUUCACUGGAGCCGGAAUUCCUUCACGCAGAACAGCACCCUACUUUUAGGCAGCAAGCUGGUCCAUAUGGCAAUCAAUUUCAUCCGCAACUGAUGAUGGCAUCCGUUCCAGAUCCUAAUCGGCGUUAUAUUCCACCGCAGAACCAAUACCCAGCUGAGAUGCAAAACCAACUCUCGAUGUAUUGGACACAGCAAAAUAUAAAUUUGGGUUACUAUGAUCAAUCGGAAUACCAAAUUUAA